AUGCCUCACCUUCUGAGAAAUAUCCUCUGUGUGAUUGAGACAUUCCACAAAUAUGCCAGGGAGGAUGGUGACAGAGCCAUGCUGAACUGCAGAGGGUUGAAGCAGCUCCUUCAAGCCGAGUUUGGGGAUUUGCUUCAGCCACAUAUCAUUCAUGCGGUGGAGAGAAACUUGAAUCUUCUAGAUGUUGACAGUGAUGGCACCAUCAGUUUUGAUGAAUUUGUUAUUGCAAUAUUCGGCUUACUGAACCUUCGUUAUCACGAAAUACAAGAAUUACUACAUUCAGAACCAAGACAGCUAUCUCAAUCAGCGCUAGAUGAUGAGGAUCUUCAGGAAACCACCAGAAACAGUCAUUGGACAGCAGAAACUCUGCCAUAUCAAGAAAAGAUAGUGCUUCCAUCAAAAAUAGCAGCAGCAGCAGCUCAACUCAGCCACAAAGAAGAUGAGGCAGUUGAACACAAUAGGACAAACCCACAGGAAGACAUCAAGAGUCACAACCUACCAUGGGACAUAUCUGACCCCAAUGACCCUAAGAACCAACAUCUGGAAGGAGAUGAACAGGACCAGGAACAGGCCCAAGAUAUACCAGAAAUAGGAGACCACGGAGCCCAACUCAAGACAAAUAAGCUAACAGAAGAAUCAAAACAGACCAGCAAUAAAAAGGAUAUCCCUAGGGAAGAAGAUAAACCAGUCAGGAAGCAAACUGGCACCAAGAUAAGGGACUGGAGUAGAGAACAGAAAGAAAGCUUGAAACUGCAAGAAACUUCACAGAAGCCAUUGGAAGACCAGGAAGUUGCUGCAGAAAAGGGUAUUAAGAACCAUUCUAAAACACAAGAACCGUUCCUACAGAGAAAAGAUGGAGUCAGUUUGAGGAUUAGUGUCCUGCCACAACAAUCUGUUCCCAGGGAAUCAACUGAUCCUGAAGAUGGCUACAGAGUAUCUGAAACUCAAGAGUCAGGAGAAGAUGGUGAUGGGAGACCACCUGAGACCACAAAUUCAGGUGAACCUGAGAAAGAGAAUAGAACAUUUGAGACACAAGAAAGAGAAUAUGAAAGCAAGGACUGGCCAGCCCAAGGUACUCACAGAAAUGUUUCAGAAACACCUGAUACUAGAGCUGAAGUGGACAAGAGGCAAAACCCUGAGGUACAUAAAACAGCAGAGCAGACAGGGCCUGAGGGAAAAACUCAGGCCCCAGUCCUGAAAGCCCAAACGUGGGAUUGGAAGGAUCAAGAAUUCCAAGGGUCAUCACAAGAAAAAGACACUGCAAAAGGUUCUGCUACACAGGAUCUGAGCUCAGAAGAAGGUAACCAGGAUCACCUUGAUAAAGGAGCACAAGUCUCAGUAGAAGACUUAAGACAUGCUGAGGAAGGCACAGCAGAAGGAUUUGUGAUCAGUAAAGAUGAUCCUGCAACUGAAGAACUAUCAGGAGCCAGAGAAAGAACACAAGAGUUGGCACCACUUAGGAAGCAGUUUGAAGGAAAGCAGGGCAAGUCCACCAAGACUUGUGACACACCAGUCAGGGAGGAGGAUGACUGUGACAAGGAGGAUAACAAGCUAUCAGUUGCACAGAAUGACGAGGAGUCUUAUGAAACACCCACCAACCUGACUCCACAGGAAGUUAACAGCAGCUCAGAGACCAGAGAACUGCAUGUGCAAUGGGAUUCUCCAGAUCAGGUAGAUUCACGCGGAAGGGCUUUGCAAGAAGGUCACCCCAAUAACUCAGAUCUCCAGAUACAAAGAGUACCAGAUGAGAACCGCAGAGUAGACAACACAGGAGUAUCAUCUGCCGGAGAGGAUGUGCAGCUCCAAGAGGAGCAGGAACAGCUUACCAGAGGAGGACACAAGAGUCUAGGCUCAGGGACCGAAAGUCAAGGUGCAACUGUAGAGCCCGAUGAAUACACAGAGUCACAGGAAUCCACAGCAGGAGGCCAAAACAGAAAGUUUCUGGAGGCAGGGAUCUCAGAUGACCUGUUUGUAGGCUCCCAUGGUUGUGUUUCUGUACCAAAAAUCCCUGGAAAAGAAAGCAACAGAAAAGAGCUAAAGGUCCAAGGCCCAGAGACCAAAGUAGAAGAAGGUGAAAUGCCAGUGACCCAGGGGACUUUAUUGAGAAGCCUGGAUGAGGAAAAUUCAGCCUCCCCCAAGAUACAUCUUAAAACAAAGGAACCUGUGACAUUGAAAGAAGAGGGUGAAGGGCUCCAGGAGCCAUCAGAAGAAGGUGAUAACUCACAAAGCCACAAAUCAUUUUCAUUAUCACAAGAGAAGUUAUGA